UCCCCUGUUCUCUUCUGUAUGUUGUAAUAUUAUGUAAUCUCAUCGCCCACGUUCGUUCACCCUCGUCUCAUGGCUCCGGUUUCGUAUUCCUGAUCAUUCUUCAUCGAUCUUCUUCUUCUCCUUGCGAGGGUCAUGGAAUCGAAGAACAAAGCCAAGAGGUCGUUGUUCACGUGUCUCAAACCAGCCACGUGUGUCAUGGAUGUGUUGCCUUCAUCAGCCCCUGUGCUCAAACGCAGCGCCAGGGAUCCCGUUCUCUCCUAUCUCGCCGUCGCUGAUAAGCACGGCGCCGUUUUGCCCGCCAUGCUUUCCUCCAUGUUCGGAGUCGGAGAUAUGUGUGGAAUUCGCCGGAGAAAGUGGAAGGCCAUCAGAUCUGCUUUGAACGAAACCUCUUUGAUGAGUUUGGUUGUUAAAAGAAGGAAAGCAAAUAAGAACAGAUUAUCCUUGUCAUCAAGAUCAAUGAAUAAAGAAAACACUGAAACGAUCUCAUUUCCCAAACCUAAAAGCGGUUACGGAAACGUUGCAUCCUCUAUUUGCUCUUCAUCUUCACGCGCCUAUCAUCUACCCCCCUCUGUUUCUUCACCGAGCACCGGUCACGUUUCGAGCUUUUCCACUCAGCAAGCGUUGCCAUCACCAAAUGGUGUGGCGAGGCAGAAGCAACGUGGCAUUGAAGAUAAGAAACUACUCUAUGAUUCAAACAUGGCUCUUUGUUGUGUAUUUUCAUUUAGUCUGUUGAUUUUGAUCGUGUGGGGAAAAUUUAUUGCUAUACUAUUCACUUCAUUGUGGUUGUAUCUUGUGCCUCUUUGUGGAAGAAUGAGAUGCAACGAGGAGGGUUGGUGUGAGGGGAAUGAGAUAGCUAAAAGAAAUAAUACUAAGAAGAAGGUUGUUAUAUAUGGAAUAGGUGAUUAGGAUUGAGAAGAGCCAUAGUUAUCUCUCUCUUACCUUCUUAAGGGUGAAUCUCUUCGAAGUCAGAUAGGGGUAAGGGUAAGGUAAUGUUUAUUCGUGGGAAUGGGAAAACCUUGUU